AUGUUCUUGACCAAUUUGAUAGCUAUCCUUAUCAUACGAGUAUUUAGUAUAAAUUCCCUUGGUGUUUUCCCCAUUAUGAACACAUCAUACCGCAUAAUCCUAAAGCUAUUACAAAACUACGGCAUUCAGGCCUUGAUUCGGCGACGUGCAUUAUGUACAGGUGGGAAGGAUGCGAAGGAUCGAGUGUUACCACUUUGUUCAGCAAAGUCAGAAGGAACUGUCAUUAUAAAUCGAGCGAGCAUAUGGCUGGAUAUAUCAUUCUUCAAUUCAUUUGUAAAUGCUAGUGAUUGUCGAUACAAUUGGGAGUCUGUAAAAUGGUUUGGUACUUUCAAUACAAAAAUAUAUUACAAAACAUUUUUAUGA